AUGCUGGAGCGGGAGGCUCUAUUUGAGUUCAGCUUCCCUCCGACCUGGUUGAAAGAGGGGGAGAAUCUGACCCUGCAGUGUGGCUUCUCCUCGGCCCUGCUGCCCUUCCAACAGGACGUGGCCUGGUUCAGAGAUGGAGUUCAACUGCGCCAGUUCAGCAGGGUGGAGCUUCAGACCGCCCUUUGCUCCGCUUCCCUCACCCUGAAGGGCGUGCACAAGGAGCAGGAGGGCAUGUACAUGGUGCAUCUGCGUACCUGGGAGGGGGUCAAAGAGCAUAAAGCCUACAUUUUUGUCAAAGAUGCGUCUGCAGUAGUGUCUGGUGGUCCAGGCUCUCCUCUGGCCCUGAAGGUUUCUGAUGUACAAAAGGACUAUGUCUUCCUCACCUGGGAGCCUCCCAGUGCUGAUGGAGACUACCAAGUGGAGGGUUACUUUGUGGAGAGGUGCUUUUUGACUGUAACACCGGUGUUUCACUAGUAUAUACACCGUUAUGUUAUACUAGGGAAAUUGUGUUUCCAUAGCUAGGGCUGACAGUGAGGAGUUGUGAAGAGCAGAAUCAACAUCCACUGCAUCAUCAAAACAAUUGCUUUGUGAGAAGGUGUUAAAGUUCACAGUUAGCCAUUGUUAUGUAAAUGAAGGAGAGGCCUUUGCAUGGAUACCGUACCAAGGACAUAGGUUCAGGUCUCGUAUAACCUUUUCACACUACUAAGC